AUGAUGAGGGCCGUGGAAACCUUGCGGCAAAGGCUGCCCCCGUCCCUGGGCUACGCGCCGGUGCUGCUCUCCGACAGCGACGAUGAUGACGGGGACGGGGGCCGGGGGGAGUUCGAGAUCGCCGGCGGUAACUUCGGCGGGAGCAGGCCUCAGGACCGCGACUUGAGAAGACCGCGGCGGAGAGUUGGCGGCGGCGGGGAAGCGGGGGUCGGGGCGACGACGACGGGGGGCGGGGGGCGGCAAGAGGAGGAGGACGAUUUGUUGUGGCCGCCGUACACGCCGCUCUACACCAACAUGAAGGUCUUGAGACGGAAGCGGUUGGACGCUUCCAUGAUGUACUCCCGAGCGGGGCCAUGUACAAAAAUCUGCUUCUUGACGUCGCUGUGGGGGGUGUCCUUCCUGACCUGGCUCGGAUUCACGCUCGCGAGCGGGUCCCCCUACAUCAUCCCGGAGGACUCUCCGGCGACCAACCUGGCCCGGUCGCGCUCCGUCUUCGGCGCCGCAGCCAUGUAUUUGGUCUGCGCGUGCCUGACCGGGUACUCGUGGUACAAGUCGUCGUGGGGGGCGAGGCCAUUACCGACAAUGGGAGACUCGACCUUGCCGUAGCAGCGGGAGGGAGGGAGGGUUGGGCCUCGAUCGAUCGUUUUAGUAUUUUUGUUUUGUGUUUUUUUUUUCGUGGGGCCCAAAGGAGCGGCCCUCACGGAAACUACAGCUUUCGUGGGAAAUCAACCCUUUGCGUGCGUGGUUGGAUAGGAGCCUUGUUACGCUGUUACGUCAUGUACAUAUGCGCAGUGUGUUGUGGUGUGCAUGUGCGAUGUGCGAUGUGCGAUUCUGUUGCUUUGUUUCUGCGUCGGCUGCGCGGAGCGGCGGACCUUUGAGAAGACGUGAGCGGUUAGGUGGGUGAGAAAAAACCACCUUCCUUUUUGAGUGUAUGUGUGUUUGUGUGUCUUGAGUUGGCGUCGACCGGAGUAGCCGGCUGAGCGAUGAGAGAGAGAUGCACCAAAUCUCGUAUCCUACCAACGAGAACGUUGGUGUUUGUGUGCGCCAUGUGUAACGAACAAGUUUGUAGCCGCAGU